AUGGCAGCAGCAGAAGCUGAUGCAGCAGCAGCAGCAGCAGCAGCAGCAGUCGCUCCGUUGCUGCAGUUGAGUCAGCAGCAAGAGCAGCAUGCUGGGGCCGUCGAGCUUGGGCAGAAGCUGCAGCAGCCGCUGCUGCUGCUGCGGCAGCUGCAGCAGUUACGCCAGCAGCAGCAGCAGCAGCAACAACAACAGCAGCAACAGCAGCAGCAGCAGCAGGGAAUCCCUGAAGACCCGCCUGUUGGAGGUGAAACAGCAGCAGCAGCAGCAGCAGCAACAGCAGCAACACGCAGCAACAACAGCAGCAACAGCAGCAGCAGCAGGCAAUCCCUGAAGACCCGCCUGUUGGAGGUGAAACAGCAGCAGCAGCAGCAGCAGCAACAGCAGCAACACAUUCGCAUGUAUUGCCAGGUGCUGCAGCCCAAGGGGGACGAUCUAGAUAAACAAAUUCUGCUGCAGCAGCGGAUCCUGAGAGCGCAGCAGCAGCAGCUGCUGCAGCUGCGAGCUAGCAACCUCAGCAGCAGCGCGGAGGAGAGUUGGCAGCAGCAGGACCCUCUGCUGCUCCAGCUGCAGCAGCAGCAGCAGCAGCAACAACAGCAGCAGCAACAGCUGCAGCAGCAGCUGCAGCAGCAGCAGCAGCAGCUGCAGCAGCAGCAGCAGCGGCUGAUGCCGACACCGCAGCAACUCGCAUUGCAGUGCAGCGGCCUGCAGCAGCAAGUGCUGCUGCUGCAGCAGGCCCUCCAGAGCAGCAGCAAGGAGACGUUGGCUGGGCUUAAGGGCACACUGCAGCAGCAGCAGCAGCAGCUGCAGCAGCAGCAACAGCAGCAGCAGCAGCAGCAGCAGCAGCACGCGUUGGAUACAGCAGCAGGACAGCCUGAUCCGUGGGUUUUUGCUGCCGACCAGCAGCAGCAACUGCAUCUGCAGCAGCAGCAGCUACAGCAGCAGCUGCAGCAGCAGUUACAGCAGCAGCUCCAACAGCAGCUGCAGCAGCAGCUGGAGCAGCAGCAGCAGCAGCAACAGCAGCAGCAGCAGCAGCAAAAGAAACGCGAGAGACGCGGCACCGUGCGAGGCCCCCUGCUGCAGCUGCCUGCUGUUGAGGUGCGCAGAGGCCAGGGCAAGAAGCAGCGGAAGCAGCAGACAGGAGACAGCUGGGAUGCAGCAGCAGCAGCUGUUGCUGCUGCAGCAGAGGCUGCAGCAGAAGCAGCAGCAGCAGCAGCAGCUGUCACCACAGCUGAGGCAGCACCGGGAAAACGCCGCAGAAUUCCAUCCGCAAAAGCCCUAGCAGCAGCAGCAGCAGCAGCAGCAACACCAGCACCAACAGCAGCUGGAGCAGCAGCAGGUGGAGCAGCAGCAGCAGCAGCUGCUGCUGCUGCAGCGCCCGCGACAGCAGCGGCAGCGGCAGGCAGCAGCAGCAGCUGCCCCACACCUGCUGGAGACGAUCCCAACAGCUCGGCAGGCGCAGCUAGCAGCACUGCAGGAGGAGAGGCUGCGGCAGCAGCAGCAGCAGCAGCAGGAGCAGCAGCAGCAGCAGUUGAAGCGCGCUCAGAUGAAGCGCGAGGCGCUGCAGCAGAAGCUGCAGCAGCAGGAGCAGCUGCAGCAGCAGCCGCAGCAGCAGCGGCAGCACCAUGUGUAUGUACACCCCACGUGGCGUCGCCUGCAGCAGCUGCAGGAGCUGCCAGCGUUGCCAGCAGCAGCAGCAGCAUCAUAUACACACGACAUGUACCGGCAGCCUGCAACGCCAUCCGCACCGAGGACAACGCCGGGGACCCCUGCCCUGCUGCUGCAGCAGCAGCAGCAGCAGCAACACCUGUAGGACCUGCAGCAGCAGCAGCAGCAGCAGCAGCAGCAGCACGGAACCGCAACCAGACCGCAGCAAAAGGGGCAAGAGAUGCCGACAGUUUGCUGCUGCAGCGCGGGCUGCUGCUGCUGGCAGCAGACAGGCAGGUGGACGCGCCGGAGCAGUUGCUGCAGCAACCUUUAGACAGCGAAGUUCUACAGUUCCCUUGUGGGGCCCAUCUUCAGCUGCUGCCUUGCUGCAGCAGCUGCGACAGCGAGAGUUACCGCAGCGGCAGCAGCACGUCGGAGAGCAGCAGCAGCAGCAGCAGCAACAGCAGCAGCAGCAGCAGCAGCAGCACUGAUGAGUGGAUAGGAGUCAUAUCUCUUACUUGGUGCUCCGAAGGGGCUGUGCGUGAGCUGAUGCAGGCGCUGCUGUGCGCUUCAGCCUGCAUGCUGCUGGCUGCCAGCAGCAGCAGCAGCAGCAGCAGCAGCAGUAGCAGCAGCAGCUGCGGCGGAGACGAGAUGCAGGGGGUGUACUGCUGCGUCGGGGAUACAGCGCAGCAGCAGCAGCAGCAGCAGCAGCAGCUCAUAUCUGCUGUUCUAAGCCCUGUGGCGCCCCUCCUGUUGCAGCAGCAAGCUGGAGAGGAGACAGCAGCAGCAGCAGCAGCAGCAGCAGCAGCAGCAGAUGGUUUUAUAUAG